UGCCGGAGCGGGGAAACAGGAAUUGUCGCUGGAGACAUUUCUUUUCUGAGAACUCGCUCUGGUAGUGUGCCUGAAAUGAGAUCGUAACCAUACACAAAAGCCAAAAAAGAAGAAGAAAAAAAAAAAAAAAUCACUCUGUUCUGUAGUUUUCUCUCUGAAAAUGCCAUUUGUCCACACAAAAAUCUGCAAUUAUUAUUUUUCUUGGAUUUUUCAAGCAUUAAUUAACAUUUCAUGGUGGAUUGUCCUUGUCUUUCUAUCUCAAAUUCUAAAAUCUGAAAUUUCCAUUAAUUGAAGUUUUGCAUUAUAAUCAGCUUCUUCACUGCAAAUGGCUAAACAGAUAGUUGGACACUUAACUUGGAUUCCUUUUCAUUGAUUCAGUACUAUAGUACCUAUCCGCUUUUGCCAUUGUUAGCCUUCCUUAAAGUGAGAAUCCAGAGCUAGGAAUUGAACGUUUCUAUGGGGCUUUUGGAUCUCUUUACUGCUGCUUUAAUGCCGGUUUUGAAAGUAUUGUUGAUUACUGCUUUGGGCUCAUUUCUGGCAACUGAUCGUUUAGGUGUACUGGGAGUGGAUGCGCGAAAGCAUUUGAAUAAUGUUGUGUUUUUCAUAUUCAAUCCAGCACUUGUUGGUAGCAACCUGGCAACAUAUAUUACGCUUAAAAGCAUGGAAACAUUGUGGUUCAUGCCAUUCAAUAUUCUUAUCACAUUUAUUGUUGGCUCAAUACUUGGAUGGUUGCUUAUUAGAAGUACUCGAGCUCCUCAUGAUCUAAGGGGCCUCGUGUUAGGAUGUUGUUCUGCAGGAAAUCUGGGGAACAUGCCUCUGAUAAUCAUUCCUGCUGUAUGUAAAGAAAGAGGCAGUCCAUUUGGAGAUGUUGAUGUCUGUUAUAAACACGGACUGGCAUAUGCUUCACUCUCUAUGGCAAUUGGAGCUGUCUACAUGUGGUCUUAUGUCUACAACAUUAUGCGUAUAUACUCGAGCAAUAACUGUGAAGGGGCCAAACUGGAUGACUUGACCAAGGUUGCAAAUUCUCCAGGAGAAACAACGGAAAACCUUUCAAAAUGUUCUGCAGGGCCACUGCUUCCUUUGAAAAAUCACUCACCCAAUGAGGACCAUACAAAUCAUUUUGAACUUGAUUGCACAGUGUCUGAGGAAAAGAGGUCAGUUGUAGAGAAGAUUAAGCAUGGUCUACAAAUGGUUAAAAAAUUCCAUUUCAGGAGAUUGUUUGCACCUUCAACAGCUGGAGCGAUUGUUGGAUUUAUAAUUGGUGCCAUCCCUCAGUUCCGAAAGGCUCUAAUUGAUGAUAAUGCUCCUCUCCGUGUGGUUCAGGAUUCUGUGUCUUUGCUUGGGGAGGCUGCCAUUCCAACAGUUACCUUGGUCGUUGGGGCAAAUCUUCUUAAAGGUUUAAAAGGCUCAGAGGUCCAGCUUCCAGUGGUCCUCGGGAUCAUAGUAGUUCGGUAUGUUCUGUUACCAAUUUCUGGGGUAAUAACUGUUAAAUCUGCAGUCUACUUGGGAUUGGUGAAGUCAGAUCCAUUGUAUCAAUUUGUUCUUCUGCUUCAAUUUGCACUUCCCCCAGCAAUGAACAUAGGUACAAUGACACAGUUGUUUGGAACUGGAGAGAGUGAAUGCUCUGUAAUUCUGCUAUGGACUUAUGCGUUGGCCUCAGUUUCGCUAACGCUUUGGUCAACGUUUUUCUUGUGGCUUGUAGGAUAGAUUUAAGUGCUCCAUAUGUAAGUAGUAGCUAAAAUUUUUAAUUCCAAACUAACUUUUUGUUU